GCAACUAGAUUUCUUCCCCCUGUUCCGUAAAGUCCCGCUCUUUUCCUUUCUCUAUCUUCAUCACCAGCUUCUGUAAAUCCCCCAAGUCUAUCUGAGAUUCAAAGAGGAAAGGAGAAAAAAAAAUGCAGGAGCAGACAACUAGCUCUUUACCCGCAAGCUCUAUGCCAUCAAGCAGCGAGAGAUCAUCAAGCUCUGCUCCUCAUUUGGAGAUCAAAGAAGGAAUUGAAAGCGAUGAGGAGAUACGGAGAGUUCCGGAGUUUGGAGGAGAAGGUACAGGAAAGGAAAUCUCCGGACGGGAAUCUGGAUCGGGGACCGGUCAGGACCAGACACAGAUAACGGUCGGAGGAGGAGAGGGUCAAAGGAAGCGAGGGAGGACUCCGGCUGAGAAAGAGACCAAGCGGCUUAAGAGGUUGUUGAGGAACAGAGUUUCAGCACAGCAAGCAAGAGAAAGGAAAAAAGCUUACUUGGGUGAGUUGGAAAACAGAGUGAAAGACUUGGAGAACAGAAACUCUGAACUUGAAGAGAGACUCUCUACUUUGCAGAACGAGAACCAGAUGCUUAGACAAAUCCUGAAGAACACAACAGGAAACAAGAGAGGAGGCGGUGGUUCUAAUGCUGAUGCAAGCCUUUGACAUCCUCGUUCUUGUGCUAUUUAUGUUGAUAAAUUUUACAGGGAAUUGUACUAAUAAAUAUUUACAUUACAUGGUAUGAGACUUGCGAGUUCUCUUGUAGUAGUUUUUUUUUUUUUUUCAUCAACGUUCUUUUAGUAGUCUUUAGAUUUUCAUUUUCUUACUAAGUUUUUCUUUGUUUGGCUAA